AUGGUAUCCAAGCAGCAGGUGGCUGUGGUCAAUGUGCCUGGUAACACCGCUGUGACCACCACUUUCAUAUCCAGUGCAGUCUCCCAGCUUGGGAAGCCUCCGCAGCACCAGGGCUUCCACACGCUCAAUAUUCAGGAGAUGCCGCUCCCACCUUGUUCUCUGUGGCUGCAUCCUCAUGGCUGGCUGGCGGCCAGUGAGGAGCGCGGUCCUCCAGGCGCCCAGAGCGGCCCGGAGCGGCCCAGAGCGGCCCGGAAGUGUGCGCCGCGCGUGCGGGUCCGGGUCGGGCACUUCCUGUCGGCGGCCGGGCCGGGAAGAGCCACGGGGUGCCCCGUCCUGCAGCCGUCGGCCCACCGGCCCUUCGCGAUCGCUGUCUGCGGGGCGCGCAGCGGGCCGAGGCUGCCCGCACCCGGAGCCCCGACGGGGCUUAGCCAGCGCCCGAGCACCCCAGCGCCCGAGCACCCCAGCGCCCGAGCACCCCAGCGCCCGAGCACCCCAGCGCCCGAGCACCCCAGCGCCCUCGCUGCCAUCCAGGUGGCCGUGGCUGCCCGCACCCGGAGCUGCUGCUCUCUGCUUCGAACCUGCACUCCGAGGAAGGCCAUCCACCCGGAGUCCCCAUUAUGCUCAGGCAGCGAGGAUUCUGAGCCCCAGAAGGUGCCACCGUCUCUCCCACCACACAUGCCCAGGUUGGAGGUGGGCCAGAACAUGGGGGUGCUGAAGAGCCUGAUGCAAACCCUUCCCCAGAGACUCAAGUGUGGGGACAGCUUUGGGCCAGAGGCUGAUUUGGAGCAGCCUUCAGGCCAACCGCCAGGGCCUGAGCUUUGUGGAUCGAAGAGGGACACCAGGCACGUGACAUUCCUGCCACAGGGAGCCUGGGAGACCAGCCCCAUUCAGGCCGAGCUGGGCAGCAGCGACAACCUGGGCACAGGCUUCAGGGACCAGCAGGGCAGCACCAGGGUCCAGAAGUACAACUCGCUGCUCCUGAAGCACCAGCGCAUCCACACGGGCGAGAAGCCCUACAACUGUCACCAGUGCGGCAAGGCCUUCCACGGUUGGUCCGACGCCCUGAAGCACCAGCGCAUCCACACCGGGGAGAAGCCGUACUCGUGCGGCGAGUGCGGGCGCGCCUUCGUGCACAGCUCCCACUUCACACAGCACCUGCGCGCCCACCGCGGAGAGAAGCCCUUCACGUGCCCCGAGUGCGGCCAGGCCUUCAGCCAGAGCUCCAACCUGGCGCAGCACCGGCGCGUGCACAGCGGCGAGCGGCCCUACGCCUGCGCCGUGUGCGGCCGCGCCUUCAGCCGCAGCUCCUUCCUGCGUGAGCAUGGGCGCAUCCACACGGGCGAGAAGCCCUUCGAGUGCGCACAGUGUGGCCGCGCUUUCCGCGCGCUCUCAGGCUUCUUCCGCCACCAGCGCGUCCACACCGGCGAGAGGCCGUUCCGCUGCACCGAGUGCGGCCGGACCUUCGGACUGAGCUCGCACCUGAUCCAGCACCAGCGGGUGCACAGCCUGGAGUGA